UUUUUUGGUUCGGGGGGAGUUGUGUCAGCACUCAGUGAGACGUGUGCAUAUUGUGUGUGCGCGCACGCUAUAAAGCAAGCGAGCGAAGGCGCUCUCGGCAUUCAGUGCGGCGAGGACCAGGACCGGGACCAGGACCGGCACCGGGACCGGGACCGGGACGCCGCGUACGCACCCGGCCGCAUUCGCGCAGAGGGUCAAAGUCGAGCGGGCGUACGAAAUGGACGACUGGGCCGUUCCGUGGUGGGUGUUGGCGGCGGGGGCGUGGGCGGGGGCGGCCGCGCUGGCGAAGAUCCUGACGCCGCUGCUGGUGGGCUUCCUUUGCGACCGCGACAGAAACAAGGACAAACUUCUGCCCGCCGGCGGGAAAGCCGUCAUCAUCACAGGCUGCGACUCCGGCUUCGGGAAGGCGACGGCUCGCCAUCUGGACUCGGGGGGCUUCCGGGUGUUUGCGACGGUGCUGGACGCGAGCGGAGAGGGCGCCGGCGAGCUGCGGCGGACGUGCUCGGAGCGACUGACGUUGCUGCAGCUGGACAUCACGCAGCCGCAGCAGGUGCAGCGGGCGCUCGCCCAGGUGGAGGCGCAGCUGGGACCCGAAGGCCUGUGGGCGCUGGUCAACAACGCGGGCGUGUGCGUCAACUUCGGCGACGUGGAGCUGUCUCAGAUGUCCGACUUCCGCGGCUGCAUGGAGGUCAACUUCUUCGGAACGCUCAACGUGACCAAAACUUUCCUGCCGCUGCUCCGACGGGGCAAAGGUCGACUGGUCGCCGUCUCCAGUCCGGCCGGCGACCAACCGUUUCCGUGCCUGGCUGCGUACGGAGCGUCCAAAGCCGCGCUCAACCUUUUCAUGGACACGCUGAGGAACGAGCUGACGCCGUGGGGGGUCCACGUCGUCACCAUCCUGCCCUCUUCCUACAGGACGGGUCAGUGCAGUAACGCGGCGUACUGGGAGGCCCGAUACCGGGAGCUCCUGAGUUCUCUUUCUCCGGCGCUUCUGGAAGACUUUGGCGAGGACUACUUGGGCGAGACCAGGGAACUCUUUCAACAAUUCGCUCGCCACGCCAACCCGGACCUCAGCCCCGUGGUGGACGCCAUGGAGCGGGCGCUGCGGGAACCGCGGCCGCGGACGCGCUACUUCGCUGGACCUGGCGUGGGUUUCAUGUACCUGGUCAACAACUAUUUUCCCGCCACCCUCAGGAACAGAGUCUUGCAGAGUCUCUUCCUAAAUAAGAGGUUGGCGCCCCGGGCGCUCAGAAAGGAAGCCGCCGCCGCCGCCGCCGCCGCCACCCGCCGAUGCCACGACAGCAAUAACAACCACGACCAAGUGGACAAAGUCAAAUAGCCGUCUUCGAGCCCCCUAAGACCUGAGCUUCAUCGACACGCGCAGACAUUCAAAUACUGGGGGGUCGGGUGAUACGGAUAUGCCGGCCGGGGGCGGGGCCCCACCUGCCUGGAAAACAAACAAAAACCUCUUCUCUCUAUUUGAAAACCAUUAGCGACGUCCGUCUUAAGGUCUGUAUACUCGGACAUCAUUUGUCCUGAUUAAGAAGACAAUCAAGUGCACUAGUACAACCACUAGGGUGCAGUAGUCAGACCACUGUCUCUUCCACUCCCGCACAUCAUCGAAACCUUUCAGUAUCGCGCACGUUGUGCUCUUUUGGCAGAGGAGUCCCGCUCGCUCAAGUCUUCAAGUGGGAGGUUUUCCAAGCACGCAAGUACAGCGUCGCUUCGAGACGUCGUCCCUAAUUGGAGUACAAGUUUGAGUCCAAGGAGAGCCGCUUCUUGAGUCUUAGUUCGAGAAGAGUUCCGGAGGCGAAGAGACGUUCCGGCUGCGGGUCGAGGAGCCGAACGUCUCAAGGCGCGGGGCGUCGCGGCCGCCUCGUCGGGCCCCCUCGGCACGGCAGGAAGUCACGCCGCUAGCCAGAACAAAGGAAGUGACUUUGACUUUGACUUGGGCCCCACUUCUGCUCCUCUUAUUGUCAGGGCCUGGCUGCGACGGACGGCGGACGUCACGUCCUGUCAGUCUCUCCGCAAUCAAGCUGUUGACGAGUAGUUCAACUUUUCCACUUUUAGUACUCAAACUGUGAAUUUUGAGAUGUAUUUGUCCUUUCAUAGAAUUAAAGUCUCCCCCCCCCCCCACCCCCACACACUUCU